AGAUUUUCAAUCACACGACAGGAUUGGCAGCAAAAACAUGAAUUAUAUAAAGGAUGGCAAUUGCCACAUAUUGAUCAGUUUUGAAUUACAUUUCAUUAGUGGAACUUCUUAAGUAGCUUAAAGCUAAAAUGAAAUUAAUUAAGUUACUACUUUUUGUUGUUGUUUUGUCACUGGAGUCCUUAGCAUCGAAUGACUUUACUGUCGUAGCGCCUCAUUCAAUUCGUCGUGGUAAACCUUUUAAUGUUGUUGUAAAAGGAUUCAGCUUGAGUGACACUCUAAAUGUAAAUCUCGAAAUUUCUGGCAUCAGCGAUACUGGAAUCGAAGUUAAAAAGAAAAAGUCAGCUGUAAUUUCAGAAUCGAGGCCCAAAGCUUUGAUUCAAUUUAUUACCUUCAACUUCACUCAAGGAUCCUACAACUUUACCGUCACUUCAAAAGACUACUCAGAAGUAAAAUCCUUGCAUUACAGCACCAACAACUACGCCUUCCUCGUCCAAACCGACAAAUCUCUUUACUUUUCUAAUGAUCUAUUGAGAUUCCGUGUUUUUGCCAUCAAUUCUGAAACACGAGCAAUUAAUCCUAGACAUCCAACAACUGUCGUAAUAAGAGAUGGUAGCGGCAGUGUUGUGUCUAAUGUGACUGACGUUCAAUUCAUUAAAGGAAGGUAUCAGACUGAGUGGCAACUUCCGAGCAGCCCAACUUUAGGAUUUUGGAAAAUUGAAGUUCAAUGUGGAGAUGAUAUUGGAGAAAAGGAAAUUGAAGUAGCUGAAAGCACGAUUCCUUUAAUAUAUGCAGGCCUAUCAAUACCAUCAAAAGUCCCCAUAUCCAAUGCCAUACUUCCAGUGGUAAUAAAUGCAAAAUAUUCAUUCAACGAUGUUGUUGUUGGAAUUGCGACAGUAAUUUUUGAAAGAUUUGGAACUGAAUAUUAUCGAGUGGAUAUUGAUAUUGUUGAAAAUACAGGAAACUUUGAUGUAGACUUACUUUAUGACUUGAGGGCAGCUGAGUCAGAAGUGUUUAGCUAUGAUGUCCGUUUAGAAUAUUAUGAUCAAUUGACAAACACAACUGUGACUGAUUUCACUACUUUUGAGACUUUGCCAAAAGCUUACAGCAUUGUAUUGACUGGAGAUCCAUAUCUCGUCCCAGGAAGUAAUUUUAAUUACUGUGUUGUGGUUGUUAAAUAUGAUGGAACUCCAGCACCAGCUGGAAUGACUGUUAAUGUCAAUAUUGAGGCAUUGGGUGUCUCACAAUCGUUGGAACUUGAUGACAAUGGAUAUGCUUUUAAUUCUUUUAAUGUUCCUUUGGAAACUUCCUCAUUUGUGAUUAAAGCAACAGCUGAUGAUGCAAAUGAAGCUAUUCUUAAUGCUGGUUUAGCUUUACCACUUCUUGGAACUGUGAAUAACACAAGGAGGUCAACGAUGCGUGUCGAUGUCAUAUCUAGAGAACCAGCAAUUCAAAGUACAGUUGAAGUUCAAGUAACACUAAAUGAGACAGUUGAAGCUGUCACUUGCAUCAUUGUAGCCAAGGAUGUGCUGCUUGAAACGAUCGAAGUUCCAAUAACAAUAGAUGACACUAAAAUCUUCCAAACUGCUAAUUUUACAUUCAAGCCAACAUUUGCGUACGCACCAAUUUCUAGCAUCAUUGCAUAUUUUGUGAGGCAUGAUGGAAGGAUAGUCACAGCUUCUACAAGCGUUGAAUUGAUGAGAGAUUUGAGAAAUUAUCUCACAGUUACACCGACAAAUUCAGAACGAAAACCAGGUGAGACGAUUGAGCUUGAUGUUGAAAGCUAUGUAAAUUCUACAGUGUCACUGUUUGCUGUUGAUCAAAGAAUUGAAUCUCUAAGAAGUGGAAAUAACUUGGCAAAAUCCGAAAUUUUCAAGAAUAUUUUGCAUUUCUAUAGCUCUGCUUCAAAUCAAGGCACAAGUAAGCCACCUGACUAUGAAUUUCGAUUAAAUUAUUAUGGACUUCUUAUCUUCACAAACAUUGCACCACACCCUGCUAGCUUAAGCUACAAAAGACGAUCUUUAUUGAAUCAACUCAACAGAUCCAGUAAGCUCAAUCAGACGAUUACAGCAUCUUUAUCAGGACCUCCAAGAAGCAUCAACAUUCCCAAACCAUUUGCCAAGUCAAUCUUAUGGCAAAAUGUUGACAUUAAAGGGAAAAUCCAAAGCGAUCUUUCAGGAGAACGAGGACGUGAAAGAGUCACCGAAAUUGCAUCACAAGAUCUGGCAAGCUAUAUUGUCUAUGGAGUAUCAAUGAGUCGAUAUAAAGGAAUUGGAUUGCUGGAAUCGAACCCAUUAGUUGACAUUCUACUGCCAUUCACAAUCUCAACUGACUUUCCAUACUCGAUAAAAGUGUCUGAAGUAUUAGUUCAAGGUAUAACCAUUAAUAAUUUCGUGACUGAGGAUCAGGAAGUUGAGAUUAUCAUCAAUAAGGAUUCAAAAUAUGAGAUCGACUUGACAUCAUCGCCGGACUGGAUUGAUUCUGGCGAAACCUACAUCAGGACACUUACAGCUUAUGCCAAUGUCAACCUAAGAGUGCAAUUUGUCAUCAGAGCAACUGCAGUUGGUACAAUAAACUUCAGAAUUCAAGCACGUGGACCACUAGCAGGAGAUACAGUCGAUAGAGUCUUAAGAAUCACACCAAUCGGUGUCUACAGAACAAGCACAGAUUCUAGAAUAUUAAAUAUUGGACAAUAUCAGAAUUCAGGUUCUUUAAGUUGUUCCAUUCCAAGCUCAGUGCUUGAAUUUAUCAGCACUAAUUUUACGUACACAGGAGAUAUUAUGUCACGUCCAAUAACAAAUGCACCAACAGGAUUAAUUGUCAUACCUUCGGGGUGUGGUGAACAGAUUCUCUUGAAAGUAGUCAUUGACAUCAUUAUUUGGAUUUAUCUUAAAGGAACCAAUCAAUUAACACCAACUUUACUUCUGGAUCUUACCAAAAAUGUCAAUUUAGGAAUUUCAUUACAAAGCAAUUUCUCAAAAACUGACAGUUCCUAUGCGACUUAUAGUUAUAAGCCAAGAGGAUCAACAUGGUUGACAGCUUAUGCUGGAUUAGGAUUUUAUCUAGCCAAAGAUUUAGUAACAGUUGAUAUGACUAGAUUAAAAAAAGGAUUAGGAUAUUUGCAGUCACAACAGCAAGCUAAUGGCUCAUUUUAUGAAGCUAGUCCAUUAAUGUAUUAUACUUUCCAAAGUGCCGGUGCCACAAUCACAUUGACUGCUUAUAUAACAAUUUACGUCACAACAGCUUUGUCAGACUUUCCAGAAUAUUCGAAUAUGCAGCAGAAAGCUGUUGCUUAUUUAGAAGACAAUUGGCAUAGCCGAACUGAUGUUUAUGGAUUAGCUAUAAUUGCAUAUGCUUUAAAACUAGCUGGAAGUCCUAAAGCUAACAAUGUUAUGAACUUUUUUUUCAUGACAAGAACGGAAACAGCUACAGAGAUUUACUAUGACUCUGUCGAGACAACAGCUUACUGUCUGCUUUUGCUGUUGGUCAGAAAUGAGAGGCUCGAUGAUGCUGCAAAAAUUGCAAACUAUUUGAUCAGAAUCAGCAAUGCUAGAGGCGGUUAUUACUCCUCACAAGACACAGUCAUGGCUAUUUAUGCACUUAGUAAGUACGCACUGGUUCCUGAGCCUUCCACCACUGCUCAAUUGACAAUAACACCAAAUGUUGGAGAUCCAGUUCAUGUCGACUACAAUUCAUCAUUGGCAUUGACAGUUCAAACUGUAAAAUUGAAUAAAACAGCAAAUUCAGUCAAUGUUGAUGUAAGUGGAGCUAGAAGUGGAAAUCUGAUUAUCAGCCUGACUUGUGCUUAUUAUGAGCAAAGUGUCUCCUUCCAGCCUGCAUUUAGGAUCACUUACAAGUACACAUACACGUGCAGAAGUCAAAUUAUCAUCAAAUUACUUUUAAACUUCAUUCCUGUUGGUCAGUCGACUGGAAUGUCCAUAGCAACUGUGACUUUCCCAUCAGGAUUUGCUUAUAAUAGGCUGUAUAAUGGACCAGAUGUAACAUUGACUGAACCAGCUAAGAAUGGACAAGUUGUGACUUUCUAUUUUGAUAAAAUGACAAAUAAUGAAACUUCUAUACAGUUUGGUGCUAUAAGAAGUAACUUUGUGGAAGGAGCUAGACUUGAAGGAUAUAUUGAGGUUUUGGACUAUUAUAAUCCAGUCAAUGAAGCUUCAGCAACUUAUGUUUUGCCUAGUUUGUCGAAUUCAUGCGGAGUGGUUAGCAGGAAAUGAUUAAAUGCUACUAAAUACUUAGGA